ACACAAACUUCCAUGUGGCAGUGGCAACAGCACAAAAGAACCAAGUUUCAAAAAUGUCGGAGCAACUAAGUGUGGAGCUAAAUAAGCUUGCUGAAUUGGAACGUGUGACGGUAGAACUGGCAGCCCAAGUGCAGGCGGCUAAUCCCCAUCGCAAUGCGGCCGAUGUUCAGGUCUUACAAGAUGACGAACUAAUUAAGCUACAAACGGAAAAUACCAAACUUAAGCACCGGUUAGCUAUACUCAAUCAGGCCAUAUCUGAUGAAUCCGGAAAGGGUGGAUCGACGGCUAGGAGUUUUUCUCUAAAUGAUGAUAGCUUAUCGAUUAUUGAGCACUUGAGAAGCGUUUUAGCUAUAGCAAUAACGACGGCAUUUCCACAAUUGUCCCAUACACCAGUUUUACUCACACCAUCGAUCAAGUUUGGUGAUUACCAGUGCAAUAAUGCCAUGGCAUUGGCCAAGAAACUGAAAGAUAUUGGCAUUGGUAAAAGCCCGCGAGAUGUUGCCACCGAAUUGAUCAACAGUUGUCCAGUAUCACCACGUAUCGGUAAAUUGGAAGUGGCAGGACCCGGAUUCAUUAAUAUAUUCCUUAACAAAGAUUAUGGUGUUCGUGCUAUAACCGAUCUUUUGCGUAAUGGCGUAAAACCACCUAAAGUGCCCAAGAAACGUGUCUUAGUUGACUUCUCCUCGCCGAAUAUUGCCAAGCAGAUGCAUGUUGGCCAUUUGCGUUCCACGAUUAUUGGUGAGUCGAUUUGCCGUUUACUGGAAUUCCUGCAACACGAUGUCAUCCGUAUUAAUCAUUUGGGUGACUGGGGUACCCAGUUUGGUAUGCUAAUUGCCCAUUUGGAGGAUCGUUUUCCCAACUUCCUCAACGAGAGUCCACCGAUUGGCGAUCUCCAAGCAUUUUACAAGGAAUCAAAGAAGCGCUUUGACGAAGAUGAAGUCUUCAAGAAACGGGCCUAUAACGCUGUAGUUGCCUUACAAGGUGGCGAUCCAAACUCGAUUAAAGCAUGGCAGCUCAUCUGUGAUGUGUCCCGAAAGGAAUUCAAGACGAUUUAUGACCGCUUAGAGAUUAAUGUUAAGGAGCGUGGCGAAUCGUUCUAUCAAUCUCGCAUGCUGACUGUGGUUGAUUUCCUACGUAAGCAGAAUAUGCUGGAAGUGGACGAUGGUCGUGAGAUCAUGUGGCCAGAUGAGAGUAAAACUGGCAUUCCGUUGACAAUUGUUAAAUCGGAUGGAGGUUUUACCUAUGACACCUCCGAUAUGGCAGCCAUACGACAUCGCAUUGAAGAGGAGCUUUGCGAUUGGUUGGUCUAUGUAGUAGAUUCUGGACAAAGUACACAUUUUGCCACAAUUUUUAAGGCUGCCAAACGUUGUGGUAUUUUCCAACCAAAAGUGCAUCGGGCCGACCAUGUACAAUUUGGCGUUGUUCUUGGCGAGGAUGGUAAAAAAUUCAAAACUCGUUCGGGCGAUACUGUUAAAUUGGCCGAUCUUCUUGAUGAGGGAAUGAAGCGCUCCUUGGAGCAGCUACGUAGUCGGGGUCGAGAUCAAGUACUAACACCGCAGGAGCUGCUCGAUGCCCAGGAGGCAGUGGCUUACGGUUGUAUCAAAUACACCGAUCUAUGCCAUAAUCGGAUCAGUGACUAUGUGUUCUCUUUUGACAAAAUGCUCGACGAUCGUGGCAACACUGCCGUUUAUUUAUUAUACACUUACACACGCAUUUGCUCGAUUGCCCGUAACUCUGGCGAAGACUUCAGCAAUCUGUCAAAAAUAUUGGAAACAAUCGACAUCACGUUGACUCACGAUAAGGAGUGGAAAUUGGUCUCCACUCUGCUUAAAUUGCACGAUGUAUUAGUGAAAUGCUCUAGAGAUCUUUUCCUUCAUUUCCUCUGCGAGUUCUGCUAUGAAGUCUGCACUGCGUUUGCGGAAUUCUACGACAGUUGCUAUUGCAUCGAGAAGAACAAGGCCGGCCAAAUUGUCAAAGUGAAUCACAGUCGAAUUUUGUUGUGCGAAGCCACAGCCAUUGUAUUGCGCCAAUGCUUUUAUAUAUUGGGCUUAAAGCCCAUUACUAAAAUUUAAUUUAACAAAUAAAUGGCCAAGGACGGAAGACGAUGGUGUAAAAAUUGAUUUUUAAUAACUGGAUUGAAUAAAGCCACUGCAAUUUGCACAUUUUCAAUUGAUUAA